CGUAACAGAGAAACAGAGCAAAUUCAUCAUAACCUCCAAAAAUAUCAAUACAAAGGGAAGUAUGAUUAUAUAGUAAUAUAGAGCUUGCAAUGACUGUGUUUGUGGCAACAAUCGCCUGCACUGACUGUAAGUGAUGUAGGCGAGCGAAGGUUCGCUGGUAAAAAGAAAGUAGUUUCCCGAACCCUGCCCGCGCCGCCACAUAGCUGAAGGACGACUUCUCUCUCCUCGAUGGGUAUGUAGGCCGUGAUAGUGUCGUAGGCUGACCUGGCUUCUGUCUGCAUCUCUCCGCGCUCAUCUGACAGGUCAGUGUACCGUGGUACGUAGUGGGUUCAGAAUGUGACCCAAGUCCAAUAAAGUGUGUUGGACAGAAGUAAAUUGUGCACAGUGUUAUUGUUACGGUAGUCACUGUGUUUUAAUGUUUAGUGAAUGAAAAGUCACUGUGAAUUAUUGUGAAAGUGGCCGAGAAACUCCUCAUUUAUUGCGGUUCAUUAUUUUCCACAGGUUUCAAACGCAAUUAGUAUUUCAAGGAGAAAAUUCAGGAUAUUAUCAGCAAAAUGAGGGAUGGAAACUUAUUGAAGAGGCUAUCAACCAGACUCCUGCAGAGCUCAAAAACCACCAAUAGCCCCACACGAUUAAAAUCGUCAGCCGUGGAAGACUGGACAGCUGUGGAAGAUGAGUACCUGAGUGCCCGCCCCUACACUGAGGUGCCCGGCCCUGCACCGCUUCCUCUGCUGGGAAACUCUUGGCGAUUCAUCCCUCUCAUCGGAGAUUACCGGAUAGAAAACAUUGACCAGGUGUGUUGGCGACUACAUCGGAGGUACGGAAACAUCGUCAAGUUGGCAGGCCUGCUGGGACGACCCGACAUGGUGUUUGUAUUUGAUGCAGAUGAGAUAGAGCGUGUGUUCCGUAGCGAGGAGCUCAUGCCUCAUCGUCCGUCCAUGCCUUCCCUCAACUACUACAAGCAUGUCUUGCGUAAAGACUUCUUCGGCAAGGAUGCUGGAGUCAUUGCUGUCCACGGAGAGCAGUGGUACAGAUUCCGGAGCAAAGUUCAGCAGCCAAUGCUACAGCCCAGAACAGCAAAACUCUACAUUCAGCCCAUUGAAGAGACAGCUGAAGCCUUCAUCGAAAGGGUUCGAUUAAUAAGAAACUCAGAUCAAGAAGUUCCAAAUGAUUUCCUGAAUGAAAUUCAUAAAUGGUCUCUGGAAUCAAUAGCGCGGGUGGCACUGGACGCUAGGCUGGGGUGCCUGGACGACUCAUCCUCUCUGCAGGCCGAGACCCAAGCCCUCAUCGAUGCGAUCAACACUUUCUUCCACAAUGUCGGUGUCCUCGAGCUCAAGAUACCCUUCUGGCGAGUGUUCAAUACUCCAACCUGGCGGAAGUACAUCGGAGCCCUUGACACAAUUACUAACAUAACAAUGAAACACAUAACUGCAGCUAUGGAGAGGCUGCAGCACCAAGGCAAUGUUGAGUGCACUGCACAGUCGUCUCUACUGGAGAGAGUCCUGGCACUACAACCUGACAAUCCUAGACUGGCCUGCAUCUUGGCUCUGGACAUGAUUCUUGUUGGCGUCGAUACAACGUCGGCUGCCGUAGCGUCUAUCCUGUAUAUGCUCAGUCUACAUCCUGACAAACAGCAACGCUUGUAUGCGGAGGUGAGCGAGGCCCUGCCCCCUGGCACCAACCUCACAGCCGAGAGACUAGAGCAGAUGCCUUACCUGCGAGCUGUAAUCAAGGAAACAUUAAGAAUGUAUCCAGUGGUCAUCGGCAAUGGGAGAUGUAUGACUCGAGAUUCUGUUGUAGCUGGAUACCAAAUACCCAAAGGGACACAAAUAGUAUUUCAGCAUUACGUAAUAAGCAAUUCGGAGCGUUACUUUUCUGAACCUGCAAAGUUCUUGCCAGAGCGAUGGCUGAGACCAAACCGAGUGCAGUGCCACCCCUUCGCUUCACUUCCCUUCGGCUACGGGCGGAGAAUGUGCUUGGGCCGCAGGUUCGCAGACUUGGAGUUACAGACCAUCGUAGCAAAGAUGAUCCAAGCAUUCCAAAUAGAGUAUCACCACAAGAAGUUGGGUUACAGCAUUCAUCCUAUGUACAUGCCAGAUGGCCCUCUCAGAUUCAAAAUGGUGGACCGAAUAUGAUAUACUGUAUUUUCAUGUACCUUGUAAAUAUAAUUUGUAUGAAUAAAUAUUAAAACAUUUUAUAGUA